GUCAAACUUAUGAUAUUCGAAAUAUGUAAUAAUAUGACAAACUUUAAGAAGCUAAUAAAAAGGAAUAUUUUGAUACGUUAAAAAAAUCUCAUAAGAAUGCAUGGUAAUAAUGGUGGACUUAAAAAAAACAAAACAAUUUUUCUUUAAUUUAAAAUGUAAUUAAUAAUUAAUUUUAAGCAGUUGAACAUAUACUUUAAUAAGAACGCUAAGAUUUGAGGGCAGAUCCAGAUUAUAAAGACAGUAAUUAAUCAGCAAGUAUUCAUUAUGCAACCUUAAAUAAUAAUAUUAACAUAUUGAAUUUGUUAAUAUCUCAUAAUGCAGACAUUAAUUAAUAAAAUAAUUUAAAACAAACAGCAUUAAUGAUAGCCUCUUAAAAAAACUACCAUAUAAUUGUUGAUAUAUGCAUAAAAGCUGGAACAGAUAUAAAUAUAUAAGAUGCAAAAUUAAAUACAGCUUUACAUUAUGCAUGUGAAAAUAAUAGUAUAGAAAGCGUUAAAAUUUUAUUGAAUCAAAAGAACAUAUAAACAGAAAUAUAAAAUUAUUAAAAAAAAGUAGCCUAUUAAAUGUCUUCCAAUCCUGAAAUAUAAUUUUUAUUUGAUAAAUAUAUUAAUUAAAAAAAGCCUUCUUAAAUGGAGUUGAAAUCUUCUAUGUAAUUCAAUCCAAAGCAAUAAUAAAAUAUAACAUAAAUAUCAACAUAUGAAACAAAUUAUAAUAUAAAUAAUAUAAUAUCAAACGACUAAAUAAACCUUUCAUCAAUAAGAGAUUCACAAAGUUCAGCUGAUUCCAGAAAUAUUAAUGAAAUUAAUUAAAAAUUAGGGCCUAAUAACUUUCAAAUAAUAUCAUUAUUAGGAAAAGGAGCAUUCGCUUAAGUAUAUUUAGUUGAAUUAAAAGAAGAAACAGAAACCAAUCAAAAAUAAUACUAUGCAAUGAAAAUAAUUGAAAAAUAAAAGAUAAUAAAUAAAAAUUUAACAAAAUAUGCUAUAACUGAAAGAAAUGUAUUAAGUUCAAUAAACCAUCCAUUUAUAGUAAAAUUAAUAUCUGCUUUUUAAACAAAUAAAUACUUAUUCCUUAUUUUAGAUUAUAUGCCAGGAGGGGAUCUUAGUUAAGCAAUUUAAAAUGAAAAAAAGUUUCCAGAAAGCAAAGCAAGAAUUUAUAUAGCUGAAAUUUUGUUAGCAAUUUAGUAUUUGCAUUCAAAUGGAAUAAUUUAUAGGGAUCUAAAACCUUAAAACACUAGUAUUAGAUUCUUAAGGUCAUGCUAUGUUAACUGA